ACAGAACCUCCAACGUGUCCCCUGAGUCGAGCGAGUCCAAGCAUGUCAGCAAACCUGUGGCGGUGAAAGUGAUCUUUAUCUAAAAUUCCGACUCCUCAGCAAACUUACGAAGACAAACAAUCCCAAAAGAUCAACGGAGAGACAGAAUUCUGGAACAAUUUCGAAUACGAGGAUACAGUGGACUCAAAACUCCAGUUUCACCAAAUAGAUCCUGAUGACGAGCUCUGCGUUCCAGCAAAUUUUCUCCCCUGCUCGUCUCGGGACAUUAUAGAAGCAUGAGAUGGUUGAGAAUGCGAUAUCGAACUCUGGUGCAGGAGACAUCGCCUCUGCUGCAGAUCGAGAGCCGAAAUUCAUCUUCAGAAUCCAACUCUACAAGGUGAAAUUCUGUUAAGAGGUGAGUGAAUGGAUAGCAGUUGAAAGUAAUGGAGGGAGAAAUUGCGGAAGCGGGCAAUUCGCCCGCAGAUGAAGAACAUAUCCAGAUCCAGGAGAGCUCGUUGCGUGCGCACGUACUAGUUAUCCCUUUGAGUAUAAUCUAGGUUUCGCAUGUCACCUCGGCCGUGUUGCUGUCAGCCAAGCUCGCCAAGCAAGACAUCACUGUCACAAUCUUCACGGACCGAUACAUGCUGCCACACAUCCACUCGCUUCAUUCGCCCGAAGCGCUGCAAAGUCUCGACAUUCGGUUGGCCAUUAUGGACCACGAUGAGUCGGAACGUGAGUUGCAUGAAGACUGGGGCAGACCAUUUAAAGACUCGUACGCCGUGAUGCGAGCUGCAGAACCUUACUCUCAAAAUAUGGCCUCUGCCCGAUCCUCAGGAGCUGCCGGCCUACCCACAUGCGUCAUAGCAGACAUGUUCUGUCUUUGGGCUCAGAUUCUAUUCGAUGGCAUCUCGAUAGGAUACACAUCAAAAUUUGGAAGAAAAAGAGAAUCCGCACUUGUGUGUGAAUCCGCAUUUGUGCUCUCACAGGUUCCUAAAGUGUUCACGAUUGGGCCGCUUGCAGCAGCAAGAACUGAAGCCGCUGCGCGAGAGGGAGAAAGAGAGGAAUGUUUGGAGUGGCUGGACCGUCAGCUUGUCUCCUCUGUAGUAUACAUCUGCUAUGGUAGCAUGGCAAAGUGGACACCGGAAAGUCUUCGUGAAUUAGCCCUUGCACCGGAGGCAAGCCAAUGCCGAUUUCUAUGGUUUCUUUACCAGGAGAGCGGUGAUGAUUUGGUUCUUGCACUUCCAGCACAAUUCCUGGAACGAGUGGGCGAAUGUGGCAAGGUAGUCACUUACUGGGUACCUCAAGUUCAGAUUAUUCAACAUCAAGCUCUCAUAUGCAAAGUAUAUUGGGAGGAGUGCCCAUGCUGUGUCUGCCCUUUAGAGUUGAGCAGAACCUUGAUCAAGGUCAUCAUCGACAGGAUACUUACCAUUCUAUUUUCGUUGAUAGAUACAACGAAGAUAGAACGGACAACGAAUAUAGAACGGAAAGUAUCCUGUCGAUGAUAAACUUGCGGGUGUGUUCUUAUCAACCUCGUCUACAAUGUGUUCCACGCAUUGUUUGCAAUUGACAGACUCAGCUCCCAAUAUUUUAGAAUAUGCAUUGGGUCCUGGAUCUUAAGGACGAGCUUGAACUGAAAUUCCGUCAUCUAUUAAGAACAAAAGCUUCUGCAACAACAAGUGCAAGCAGAACAUGUCAGCCGAAAUUUCAAUAU